ACUGCCUGACUCACUCUGUGCUGGAACCAUGAGACUUGCCCUGCUGUGUGGGCUGCUGCUGCUGGCUGGUGUGACUCCAACCCAGGGAGGGCUCCUGAACCUGAGCAAGAUGGUCAGACACACGACUGGGAAGAUAGCCUUCUUCAACUACUGGCCCUAUGGCUGUCACUGUGGACUUGGUGGCAAAGGAGAACCCAAAGAUGCCACAGACUGGUGCUGUCAAAGACAUGAUUGCUGCUAUGCUCACCUCAAGACUGAUGGAUGCAGGAUCUUUACAGACACUUACAAAUACAGCAUUUCCCAGGGCAGUAUCCAGUGCUCUGACAAAGGGAGCUGGUGUGAGAAGGAGUUGUGUGCUUGUGACAAGGAGGUGGCCUUGUGCCUGAAGCAAAAUCUGAACAGCUACAACAAGCGCCUGCGUUACUACUGGCGGCCCCGCUGUAAGGGCAAGAUUCCUACAUGCUAGGAGAGCCCACUGUCCGUCUCCUGGAUUCCAUCCUGUUCCAGGGCAUCUGGAGGACUGAAGUCCCGCAGGAUUGCUGCCCGACGCCCCAGAGUCUAGUCUCCUGGACCAGCUGGCUUUAAAGCCCUCCUUGCAAAAGGGCCUGGCCUUGAGGACUGGGGAAGCUACGAUCUUGUUGCUCCACGUGCUGGGGCCUGGCCUGUUGUUUCUUGUCUAUUUGCACUGUCUCUGGGACCUCCUGCUGCAAUGUA